GGCAGAUCGAGGUUUUAAACACAGCUGAGGAGAGGGGCGCUAGGUUAUCGGAUUGUAGUCUCUCUGCUGACUGUGCGGCGCUGGCACGCUGCCUUGAACCACACGGCGGUGCCCUGUCCGGAUGCGGGCAUCCAAGCGGAUGAAAACGGGUCUGUGCACCUUGCUUGGGUAGCGGAAAAAGUAACAAAGAGAACGAGAGAGAGGGAGGGAUGUGUUGAAAACACUCGCAAUGGAUGACAGUGGAUGGAGUGAGCGAGAACAAGAGAAGAAGAGAGAGGGGGGAGAUGCAGGGGAGAAUUGGGGGAGGUGAGCAGCAGAAUGAGCACAAAGAAAUAAAAAGAAAGUGACUCAAAAUCCGACUCAGAGAAGCCUUCCAGUCUCGCCACCAUGACCCCCAUCCCACUGCUCCUAUUGGCUGUUCUGUACCAGGGGGCGGGGUUUUGCGCCAGAGUGGGCGGGGCUUCCUCGACAGAGAGGCGGGGCUCAACCCAAGAGCGGGAGGGGCCUAUUCUCUCCAGAAGUCUUGUGUCACCGCAGGGGGAGGGGCCUGUUUCAAUAAAGGGGGAGGUGUCUGCUUUAAUGAGGGGGAGUGGUUUGGGGUUGGGGGAGAGGCCUAUUGCCGCACAGGAGAAGCAGGAAGGGGAGGGGCGGGAAACAGGAAGUCAGUCACUGGAUGUAAAAGCCCGUCGGCGACGCUCUGCGAAUGGGCUGAACCGCAGAAAACGGAUCCUGCAAGCAGAGGGCACGGACAGCCAUUCAGAGGCCCUGAUAACGAGCAUGCCUGAAUCCCUACCAGACAGCGGCUUGGCGGCGAGUGGGAGUGGUCUGGGGCAGGAAGGGGAGGAGUCUCGCGUGAGGAGUAGGCGGAGCUGGGUGUGGAAUCAGUUCUUCGUGAUCGAGGAGUACGCUGGACCAGAGCCUGUGCUUAUUGGCAGGGUAAGGAUUUAAACUGACCUGUCGCACUCAGACUCAGAUCAUCGUGGUGAUGGGUCGUCCCGCUACCUGCUCAGCGGGGAGGGGGCGGGCAGUGUCUUCGUAAUUGACGAGCGUACCGGAAACAUCCACGUCACCAAGAGCCUGGACCGAGAGGAGAAGGAGCAGUACACUCUCGUGGCUCAGGCCGUGGACAGGAACACGCUGAGACCCCUCGAACCCCCAUCCUCCUUCAUCAUCAAAGUGCAGGACAUCAACGACAACCCGCCACUGUUCAGCCAGCCAGAAUACACUGCCGCUGUUCAAGUCCCAGGUGUUCUGCGCACGGCUCUCCCAGCGAUGGACAGAGAGUCUCAGGCCUCGUUCCUCGUGGUUGUGCAGGUGAAGGAUAUGGGGGGGCACCCGGGGGGGCUGUCAGGGAGCACUACGGUGACCGUGAGCCUGAGCGACGUCAACGACAACCCCCCCAAAUUCACACAGAGCAUGUACUCCUUCGCUGUCUCGGAGCUCUCCCUCCCCGGCGCUCAGGUGGGCAGGCUUAGCGCUCUGGACCCCGAUACUGGGGAGAACGCAGCGCUGGAAUAUUCCAUCCUUGAUGGAGAGGGGGGGGGCGCCUUCAACCUCACCACACAGGAGGAGGAGGGAGUCCUCACACUGAACCAGCCCCUGGAUUUCAAUUCUGGUUCUAAACUAGGUCCAAGGACGACGUGCCGAAGUUCGCUGCACCGCUGCACGCGCACCGGCACCCCCUCGCUUCUGCUGGGGGAGCGAAGAGUCUCCUCGUUGUGUCAUGUCGUACCCAGGAGUCACAGCCCCUUGUCGGGGGGCGUGGGCCGCGUGGGCGGCCCGGGACGCCGGGCCCUGGGUCCUGCCCACGCCCCCGGCUGGGACAGGCACACCUGCACUGGGCUGCCAGCUCUGCUGUCAGAGCCUCCUCUCCCAGCGGGACCCACAGUUUCUCAGAGUCAGACAGACAGCCCAGCACAGUCUUCCCGGGUGCUGGUGGCGAUUCGAACCCUGGACCGGAACGAUAACGCCCCCGAGCUGCAGCACGCGUUCCAGGCUGCGGUCUGUGACAACGCCAAGCCAGGGCAGCUGGUCCAGGUGAUUGGUGCGGUCGAUCGGGAUGAGCAGGGAGACGACAGUGGGGUUCAUUUCAAACUGCUCCCCGACUCUGCAGCCGAGAGGAACUUCACUGUGAAAGACAACCGAGAUAACACUGCUAGUCUCUUUCUCCUCUCCCCCUUGCUCUCUCGCCCCCCCAUGCCCCCUGUCCUUGUCCCCGUGGUGGUGUGGGACAGUGGACAGCCCCCUCUGUCCAGCACGGGGACGGUGACUGUGUCGGUGUGUGAGUGUGGACAGGGCAGGGACAGUGUCCAGCAGGACAGUGUGCGUCCGGGUCUGAGCUCCUGUCGCCCCCUCCAGCUCAACUCUCCCGCGACGGGACUCAGCACUGGAGCCCUGCUCGCUAUACUGGCCUGCAUCGCAACGCUACUGGCUAUCGCCUGCCUCUUCGUCUCUCUGCGUCGACAGAAGCACGACUCGCUGUCAGUGUUUGAGGACGAGGACGUGAGGGAGAACAUCAUCACCUACGACGACGAGGGGGGCGGUGAGGAGGACACCGAGGCCUUCGACAUCUCUGCCCUGCAGAACCCCGACGGGGCAGGCCCGGGAACACAGACCCGGCGGCCCGGGAAGGAGGAGGAGCCAGCGGGAAUUUCCUACGGGAAUAGCACUGCUGGAUACCAAACCCGGAGCAUGAGGAAGGAGAACCGGCCAGCCAGCUGCAAUAAUGGCACUGUGAGAGAUAAUGAUGGUGCUAUGGGCUUCAGUACUGGAACUCUGGGAAAUGACAAUCUUGCAGCCACCCCCCAGGCUGGCACCUUGAGGAAUGAGGGCAGCGCGACAGGGGAGGGAACAGCGGGGGUGAGGAGGCAGCCGGACCUGAGUGCGCAGUCAGGGCUGCGCAAAUCAAUGGGCACAGCCGGGACUCCAUCCUACAUGUCCUGUACCUACCCUGGGGGGAGCGGAGGGAUGGGGGGCGGGUACUUCCUAGCGAGGCAAGACGUGAAACCUGCACAAUUUUACAUGGCAGGGCGCAGAUUCAGCGGGCAGGUUCUGGGGUUUGCCUGUGAUGGGGGGGAGAGGCUGGAGGUGGGGGGGUUUCUCAACUCCCCUUUCCUGGUCGGCCGCCCCCCCGAUAGAGGGUUGAACCCAGGGGGGCUGGACGGUAGAGGGGGGGAGCUGUGUCUGAGCGUCUCCGAGUUCCUCAGGCUCCGAUUGGUCCAGGCGGAUCGUGACCCCUCCCUGACCCCCUACGAUUCGAUCCAGGUGUACGGCUACGAGGGUGAGGGUUCGCUGGCGGGGUCGCUGAGCUCCCUGGGGUCGGAGGGCAGCGGUGGGGCCGGUGAGGGGGGGCCCGAGGACUGGGGGCCCCGGUUUGAGAAGCUGGCGGAUUUGUAUGGAGUGGGGGGGAAGGGAGAGGGAGGUGGGGAGGUGGAGGUGGAGGAGGAGGAGGAAAAGGUGAGUGGGGAGUGA